UACAUUUUCCCCAGCAGAUCCGAGCAGAUUAGAUGUGUUUGUCAUUGGAAAGAGUUUCAUUUCUAUAAAGUAAGUACUGUCUAUCAACAGAUAACAGAUUAACAUAUAUAUUUACUAUUAACAGAUGGUUGUUCUAAGAAUAAGGAAAGCCCACAAAAGACGUUAUGCACUUCUCUGUUUGAGCAUUGUUGGGUUCAUCAUGUACCGGUACCUGGGUACUGCGCCCGGUGGCAGGAGAAUGAGCAGGAGAGUAGGUUUGAGUGCCAACUCGUCCCAGUUCACCUUGGAGGGAGAAACAUUCCGUAUUCUGGGGGGAUCCGUCCACUACUUCCGGGUCCCUAGAGCCUACUGGAGGGACCGCCUGAUGAAAAUGAAGGCUUGUGGCAUCAACACCCUCACUACAUAUGUACCUUGGAGCUUACAUCAGCCAGAGAGAGGGGUUUUCCACUUUCAAACAGAGUUGGAUUUAGAAGCCUACAUUAACUUGGCUGCUGAGGUAGGACUCUGGGUGAUCCUGCGUCCAGGGCCGUACAUUUGCUCUGAGCUCGACCUAGGAGGGUUGCCGAGUUGGCUUCUUCGUGACGGGAGUAUGAGGUUGAGGACUACUCACCCAGGAUUUGCUGAGGCAGUCAAUACGUUCUUUGACAAGCUCAUUCCAAAAGUGGUUCCUCUACAGUUCAAGAAAGGAGGGCCAAUCAUUGCUGUACAGUUGGAAAAUGAAUAUGGAUCAUUUGCAAUGGAUAAUACUUACAUGCCUUUCAUCAAGGAGGCUCUACAGUCCAGAGGAAUCAAUGAGCUCUUACUGACGUCAGAUAACCAUGAGGGAUUAAAGGAAGGGGGUGUGACGGGAGUAAUCAGAACAGUGAAUUUACAGAAACUAAAUCAGGGGGACAUCAAGUAUUUGAAUGCUAUUCAGCCCAAUAGCCCCAUGAUGGUGAUGGAGUACUGGACCGGCUGGUUUGAUGCAUGGGGAGACCUCCACCAUGUCCUCGCACAAGAGGAUAUGGUUUCUGCUGUACGGGAGAUUCUGAGACGCGGCAUGUCCAUCAACCUGUACAUGUUCCACGGAGGGACUAACUUUGGCUUCAUGAGUGGAGCACUGACCAACCCAAUCUACAAGGCACUAAUCACAAGCUAUGAUUAUGAUGCACCUCUGUCCGAAUCGGGAGAAUACACGCCAAAGUAUCACCUUCUCAGGGAUCUAUUCAGUCAGUACCACAGUGAGAAGCUCCCUGAUAUGCCAGCCCUGCGUUGGAAGGAGACGUAUGAGCCAGCCAUCAUGUACCAGCACCUCUCUCUGUGGGAUGCCUUGAGCUUCGCUGAGGAGCCAUUUAAAUCACCAACCCCAGUCAACAUGGAGAAUCUCCCAGUGAACAGUGGGAAUGGCCAGUCCUAUGGCUAUACCCUCUAUGAGACCAUUAUAACCAGCGGAGGCUCCCUCAAGUCUGGAGACAAUGUACGGGACAGAGCCCUGGUGUUUGUGGACAGACACUACAUUGGCAUUUUCAAGCAUCAGAAUCUGGAGCUAGCGGUGCCUGAUGGAAAGGAGAAACGGACAUUGAGCUUACUGGUUGAGAACUGUGGACGAGUUCACUAUGGGAAAGCUCUAGAUAAACAGCGCAAAGGUCUCGUAGGUGACAUUCUAUUGAACAACACCCCUUUGAGGGACUUCACGAUAUACAGUCUGGAUAUGAAAACCAGUUUUAUUGAUAGCCUCAACCAGGCACCUUGGAUGUCCCUUCCACACGUUCCCAGUUUCCCUGGAUUCUUCCUGGGAAGAAUGUUUACCUACGGCUAUCCAAGUGACACCUUCGUCAAGCUACCAGGCUGGGGCAAAGGGGUAGUCUUCAUCAAUGGUUUGAACCUGGGGCGCCACUGGUAUAUCGGCCCCCAGCAAACACUCUACCUCCCAGGACCUUUUCUCAACAGUGGAGUAAACCAGGUCAUUGUGUUUGAAGAGCAGGAAGCUGAUUAUAAAAUCACGUUUGAAGAGACUCCUGAUCUGGGCAUGGCUGUGGACAUUCAGUAACUGCAUUCCCAAGCUACUGUACUUUUAAUAAACAAUAAUAAUGGAUGGAUCUUA